AUGGAAACUAAGACACCAUGGAACACCUUGGAAACUAAGACACCAUGGAACACCUUGGAAACUAAGACACCAUGGAACACCUUGGAAACUAAGACACCAUGGAACACCUUGGAAACUAAGACACCAUGGAACACCUUGGAAACUAAGACACCAUGGAACACCUUGGAAACUAAGACACCAUGGAACACCUUGGAAACUAAGACACCAUGGAACACCUUGGAAACUAAGACACCAUGGAACACCUUGGAAACUAAGACACCAUGGAACACCUUGGAAACUAAGACACCAUGGAACACCUUGGAAACUAAGACACUAUGGAACACCUUGGAAACUAAGACACUAUGGAACACCUUUUAA